AAGCAGGAAGUUCGUCUACCAAGAAGUCUGAGCACAUAAACAAUACACAAAGAAGACACAUCCAAAGUGGAAAAAGUGUAACAGAGUUAUCGCAAUGGCCGGUAUUAAAGCACUGGUUGCGCUGUCCUUCAGUGGUGCCAUAGGACUUACAUUUCUUCUGCUGGGCUGUGCACUGGAACAGUACGGGGUGUACUGGCCGCUGUUUGUCCUGAUUUUCUACAUAUUAAGCCCCAUCCCGACCUUCAUAGCCAGACGCCUCAGUGAUGACACAGACUCCUCCAGCAAUGCAUGCAGAGAGCUGGCCUACUUCAUAACAACUGGCAUUGUGGUAUCAGCUUUUGGUCUUCCCAUUGUAUUGGCCCACAAAACAACUAUCCAGUGGGGUGCCUGCGGUCUGGUGAUGACAGGAAAUGCUGUCAUCUUCCUCACAAUCUUCGGCUUUUUUGUCGUGUUUGGAGGCGGGGACGACUUCAGCUGGGAGCAGUGGUAGUGAGCCUUUAGACAGUGAAAAGAUGGAAGGAAGGAUAGGUGGAUAGUCGAAUGGAUAGACUGCAGACUGAGGGGCACAUGUGUCCUGUAUUCAAGCUGAGGAGGACGCUCCUGUACAUUAUAGGCUGCAAAAUGUCAAUUGUACCUGGCAUGUAUCAGGACAUUUUUUUAAAUGAGGGGAUAUUAAGGUUGGAAACAACACUAUGUUCCCUAUCAAUGUGCCUUAUGUCUGGGACCAGGGAGACAAUGAUGCCUAUACCCCUCUUAUGCUAUAACCCCAUUAUUAUCCACCUUAACCUUGUUUUAGCUUGUGUCGCCUUUGUUUCAAUCCCCAAAUAAUAGCGCGCAUAGCAGCUGCCUGCUACUUCUAUAUGCUUUCGUUAUAAAAUAUCACAAAGGGAUCGGAAAGAGUAACUCUCUUGUAUCAUACACUGCCAUGCUUACUGCAUUAUCUUUCCUCAUUUGCCUAAGGGGGAGUGCCUGUAUAGAUGAUAUGGCUUACUUAUAAUUAUCACUGUUUGCUGUGUAAAGUAUAAAGCAGGUUAUGUUAUGUUAAUCCAUGCUUUUUGACAGCUAGCUAAUGGACUUCUAAUCAGGUAAAGAUAUAUUUGUAAGGAGAUGGCUUGUUUAUUUUCAGAAAAAGUGCUUUUUGUGCUAGUGCAACAGUUUACAUUCUCACCAAAGAUCAUUUUAGAGUGUAGAAAUGAAUUAUAUUUGCCUUUGAAAUCUGGGUUUUGAUUUAUGCUUAGCAGCAGCAUGAUUCCCAACCACAAGUGCAGCCAUUGGAGAAGCCGCCUUUAUUAUGCAUUGUCUGUUAUCUCUCAUAAUAUUUUCACAAUCCUUUAACUGACAAAAAGGCUUACUUUUGACUUAUGUAAAUGGUUAAUACAGUGCUUUUAUGUGUUAGGCCCUACAGGGCAGUGCUGUACCUGCAAACUCCAUCAGAAGUGCCUGUCAUUCAACAGUGUAUGUUUUGAUAAAUUGAGAAAUCUGUGUGGUUCUGUUUCGAGUCAUUUUAUGUAAUGUUUCGUCAACAGGAGCCUAUGAAAUCUACAUUUGUGAAUCAUUUUUUAGUAUAGCCAUGUUCAGAUUCAUCAACUGACUUUUAAUGAGGCUCUGAAAUGUGUACACUUUGUCAGUUUUAAGAAAACCAUCACAAGCAUUCCUAAUUUCUAAUUUUCACUUUUACUGCUCCACAAGGAAAGUUAUUAAUACUGUAUGCACCGAAAUUGACAUGCUCAGUGGAAGUUUGUCUUUCUGUUAUGACUCCAGGACCCACACUAAUGAAAUCUAAAACUUUAUUUUAUACCCUCCUGACUGCAUUUUGUUUCCCAACAUUGAUUAAAAGUCUCUGUUUAAACAAAAGUAGAGACUGUGUCUGUGUUAUUGCUGAUAAUGUGAGAGAACUGGACAGGAAACUUGAUUUCACAUCUCUGCAGUAGUAAUGGAUGAUGCAGGCAAACCGACGCCUGCACAUUGUCUUAACAUUACAGCAGCCCCCACCCUAACCCUUGGAAAAUGCAGUGUAAACUAUGGUAUGUCUCUGUCUCACCUGGAAAUGCUAUGACCCUAAAGGCCUUACUCCCUGGGGUUCAGGUGUGAAAAGCAGCUGAAUAAUUUACAUGUUUUACAAUAUUUAUCUAGCAGUAUGCAAAGCAGCUCUGUGUUUUUUACCAGCUGUCUGUGAUUGUCAGUGAAAGUGCCUUUGCACCUGUCUGUUUUGGUCUUUCCAGCCUCACAAACAUUUAUAUGAAAACAGAAAGACAGCACUGUUAGAUGUGAUCAAGCUGCACAACUAAAGGAUGAUAAAAAUAAGUAUUAUCUAGUCAGGAUUCAACAGGGCGUGAUAGAAAUCUGUCAUGCACAACUUGAAUGGUUAAAUUUCAUUCUCUGUUCACCUGUGUUAAUAAACAUGCCAGAGUUGCCUCCCUGUAUUGCAUGUUUAAAUUGACUUCAUUCCCUCUGCAAUUAUAAGAA